AUGAUCAAAAGAGAGGUUAAUUUGAAGGUAAAUGUGGAGGGAAUAGUGCAGGGAUAUCAGUCUAUCAGCAAAAAGUACACUAUACCAUCUGUGGACGAUUCAACAACCAAUAUAAUAAGAUGUUUUGCUAUGCUUAAGGAAAUACUUGAUAAGAACCUAGAAAUAGAAGGCAGAUGCAGUGAGGAAGAAAGAGAAGACAUCCUAAAUAUAGCUAAGACUAGAAUAUGUGAUUACUUUAUGCAUGAUUCUUUUGGAAAAGAAGUUACAAAUAACUUGUAUUCCGCAUUAAGCAGCGGAAAUGAUAGCUUAAUUAAGGACAAAGCUAUUGAUCUGAUCAACUGCAUUGUUGAAAAGAACCCGGUUAUAUACAAUUCAGAGCAUGGGAUUUGCAGAAAGGAUGGCGCUGCAGAUGUUGUCAGUGGUGAUCUAAGCCCCAGAACCUGCAAGCUACAGAUUGAUGAUGAAAAGUUUUCAAGCCUGAAAGGCCUGCUUCAGUUCACCUCAGAAAGCCUAGACCGAAAGAAUUUCUGCUAUCUGUCCAAUAUAAUGUCCUUAGCGGAUAUUUUUGAAAUGUACUCCUCAGAGAGAGCGUGCUACACUCUCGAUGACCUAUACAGCAUUAAAUACAAGAACACCGAUACACCGCUGGUGGACUACGGGCUGAGUCUUAUCCUUGAAAAAUACUAUUUGAUUGAAGACCUGGCUGAGAAGAAUAAAAAGCUGAAAGCUGAUGGCAGUGACUCACAGGAUGUAGUUGAUGAAAUUAACAGCUUAUUCAGCUCUGGAGACAUAGAAAUAAUUGUUUCUAUUAGAGACAGCAUGGAAAAGAUUAAAUGUGAGAAGGAAAUGCACAGCCACAUGAUCCAGACAUUGGAAUGUGCAGCAAAUAACUCUUCACUGUUGAAGGAAACAGAUGAGCCAAAU